AUGUCAACCGAGUUAUCAGCUCUUAUCUGCCGUCUGCAGGCUCAGGGCGAGGAAGAGGACCAACCCGGGCCAUUGUGGGAGCUUUAUCGAAUGCAUCAGGCCAAAGGGUACGGGCAGAGAGCGGGGAAAAAUAGCCUAGCGCCGGCUAACUUCAUGUCUGCUUUGAUGACGUUCAUAAAUCUGCUCCCCCUCGGAGCCGUCUCUGUCUUUGCGUCUGCCUCCGCCGAAGCUCGUUCCAAACCCGCCUUCUUCAUCGCGAGCUCCAACAUCCACUCGAUUGGACCUCGGAGAAUCAGAUCCCCCUCCGGCGAGUUCGAUCCCCGCUGUGGCGAGGGGGCGUGGCCUUGUGUCUUAGCAGCGCGACACUCGUGCUAA